GCAUUCUCUGCCGCGGUGGCACCGGAUCGCGCCUAUGUACCGGCGACAUCCUCUGAAGAUCGCUUUCAGAAAUUGUCGGUGUUCGGUUUUGUGGUUGAAUUAUUUAAUUAAUUUAAUUUAGAAUGAAAUAUUCGAGUUUGAUCAAAAUGGACUUGAAAUUGGAAAUUUUGGUUGUUCUUGUGUGCAUUGUGACAAUGAUCCCAUCCGUUAGUUGGGGUCUGAAAAGUGAAAGUAAACAGAAAUCGGGUCGUGGACGGGGGUCAAUGUGGUGGGGUCUUGCAAAAAUCGGAGAACCAAAUAACAUAUCCCCUCUGUCGACGGGGAUGUUAUAUCUCGAUCCUGCGAUUCAUACGACACUGCGAAGGAAGCAACGACGUUUAGUACAAGACAAUCAAGGUGUCCUGAAAGCACUGGUGAACGGUGCAAAUUUAGCCAUCUCCGAAUGUCAGCAUCAGUUCCGAAAUCGUCGAUGGAAUUGUUCGACUCGAAACUUCUUAAGGGGUAAAAAUCUCUUUGGAAAAAUCGUCGAUCGAGGAUGUCGCGAGACUGCAUUCCUUUAUGCAAUUACAAGCGCCGCCGUAACAUAUUCGGUGGCACGAGCAUGUAGUGAGGGUACAAUUGAAUCAUGCACCUGUGAUUAUAGUCAUCAGACGAGUUCUCCGCAACCCACGGAUCCAAGUAGUAGUGAUGUAGUUGGUGUUCGCGAAUGGGAAUGGGGUGGUUGUUCGGAUAAUAUACAAUUUGGAUUGAAAUUUGCUCGGGAAUUUGUGGAUACAGGAGAGCGUGGAAGGAAUUUACGGGAAAAGAUGAAUUUACAUAAUAACGAGGCAGGAAGAGCGCUCGUUCAGGCCGAGAUGCGAAAGGAAUGCAAAUGUCAUGGAAUGUCAGGAUCAUGUGCGAUGCGUACCUGUUGGAUGCGGCUGGCUCCCUUCCGGACUAUAGGUGACAAACUAAAGGAUCGAUUUGAUGGAGCUUCACGUGUUAUGGUAACUAACAAUGUGCGAAGCAAUGGCGGCAACGGCGGUGCUAAUGGUGGUGGAAAUGGUAUGGCCGGAGGCACUGGAUUGAGUGAGAAUUCGAUAAAACAUCAUUCGGGAGGAAUACAAUCGAAUAACAUUGCGUCGAGUUCGUCGAGUAUUUCAAAGAAUGCUAUUCGUGGACGAAAUCGUCAUCAUAAAAAGGAUAGAAGAUAUAACUUCCAACUGAAACCCUUCAACCCUGACCACAAACCUCCAGAGCGUAAGGAUCUUGUCUACUUUGAACCAUCUCCGGGAUUCUGUGAACGAAACCCACGUCUAGGCAUCCAAGGAACACAUGGCCGCCAAUGUAACGAGACCUCAAUGGGCGUGGAUGGUUGCGAUCUUCUGUGUUGCGGUCGAGGCUACCGGACGCAGGAAAUUACCGUGGUCGAACGUUGCUACUGUCGAUUCCAUUGGUGCUGUCAAGUGAAAUGUCAGAUAUGUCGAAAUAAGAAAACCAUCCAUACUUGUCUGUAAGAUAUUCACGAUAAUUUAAUGUAAUGUAUGUAAUUUUAUCGAAUUUCGUUAGGAUCUUUUUUCAAUAAUUUUACGUGUGAUUGUGUAUAUAUAUUUUUGUAAAAUGACUUUAAGAGUUCCUUGAAAAUGAAAAACAACGCGAGCGUGUAUGUGCGAUUUGUAUAUAAAGGAAAUGUUUUAAUAUAAAACAAGGCGAGACGAUACGAACACCAAAAAGUAUGUAGUAACUUUCUGAUUUCUACUUGAAAGCAAAAAGAUUGAAGAUAUUUCGGUUGAACUUAGAUCUUAAGAACAUCCAUCCGUCAAAGUUGCAUCUUUCAUCCAACUUUUAACAGAGAAACUUCAAUGGUUUCAGAAUUGUACCCUUACUACUUAAAUUAGCACCCUAGACUUACAUAUACCCUUACUAUUUAAAAUUAUGUAAAAACCUAUCUUUUCGGCUUUAAAUUAUUUUAGCAUCUUUCUAGCAAACCAGUUAAGAAAACCAUUGUAAAUUAUUAUAAAGAAAUUUCAAAACCUUACGCCACAGUAUUAAAACGACAUGCCCAGUUUACUUUUACUCUAAGAAAAUGUAUCUAUUUAUUAAGCCUACAUUAAGACUAAAUGCAUUUCAUCAGAAUUACACAAAAAAUCAAAAAAACGAUUCAAAAACUAUCUAAUAAUUUACGAUAACUGUUGAUAAAGUCAACAAAGACUGACUGUAGUAUUUAGAAAUGAACGGAAUCUAAAAGAUGAUAGAUAUCUUUAUAUUCUUUCAUAAUUUCGUUUUAUUUUAUAAAAUAUUUACACUAAACUAUUUCAAAUAUGCUGUGUACUACUUGGUCAUAUAUUUACUAAUGUAAUUUUAGAUAUAUUUUAUCAUAAAUUCGGAAUGUAAUAAAAACAUAUUUCACCAUUGUAAAUAUCUUUCGUUUGACUAGUUCAUAUCACAUUUAAUUAAUUCCUAUCAAAAAAGAAAGAUCGUUCUCUGAAUGAAUGCAAAAAAAAAAGAUUGGAUUAAGACUACUACAAUCAUAAUAUUUAUUUAUAUAUUAUUAUAUAUUUUAAUAACAUUUAACGAAGACAUUUAGACUUUGUACAUAUCCAUGAUCUUGUAAAUUGUUAUUUCAGAUGUGAAAGAAAGUGAAGUUUGUGAAGGUAUUUGAGGGAAAGUAUUUAAAGAAGAAGAUUCGGUUGAAUUGUAUCUUUUUGACUAAAUAGCACUAUUUAAAAACUAAAUCUGCCAGUGCAUGAAAUAUUUUGUUAUUUGUCAAAAAUUGUGUACUUUUAAUUCCUCUCCAGUGUUGCUUACACGAAGGAUUUUUAUAAUAAAAUAU